CGCCCCGCUCGCACGGCGCACGCCCUGACCAGACCGCUCGCAGCGCUCGUCGGGAGCGCACGUAUCUCUCCGUCGCGGACACCUGUGGCGCCGAUACCAAGUGUUUACGGAUUACAGUGAAAAAUUGUGCCGAAGUGUGUGUUACCCUGUGUUUUUAUGAAUGAAUGAAUGAAAAUCAUCGUGCAUAACCGGUCCCGGUUUGACUAGACCGGUUCCGAUUUCCGCUGGUUCCAGUUUCGUGGGAAAUCACCGGUGGACUGAGUAAAAUCGGGAAAAAAUGACCAAGUGACGUAAAAGUGACAGUGUAGUGACAUUUAAUGACAGAUUAGUGAUGUGCUAAGUGUCGACAUUUUGUGACAAAAUGUGGAGGUGAUUCUCACGACUGUAUAGAUUAUGUGCUGUGUUGUUGUAUUAAAAAAGUCAAAAUGUGUGCCAAAAUUAGGAAUCUUGUCGUCGUGUUUUGUGUACUGGUAUGCGCAACCGGCUUUCAGCAGCAAUACUUCAGGGUAGUUCCUCGAAGUUUGAGGGUACAGGAAGGUGCAGAGGCCGUGCUAGAAUGUGCAGUAGCCAACCUUGCAGGACAGGUGCAAUGGGCCAAGGACGGAUUUGCACUUGGCUUCUCCUCAGUAAUACCCGGCUACCCUCGCUACACAAUGUUCGGAGAUAGACGCCACGGCGUUUACAACCUUCGUAUAGUGAAUUCAACGCUGGAAGACGAUGCGGAAUACCAGUGCCAGGUCGGCCCAGCUCAGAUGCAUAAAGUCAUAAGAGCUAACGCGUCGCUGACUGUUAUAUCACCUCCAAAAGCAGUGGAGAUCACGAACCACCCCUCAAACUCCAAAUUAGAGGUGAAGGAGGGAGAGGAUGUAUCCCUCGAGUGUCUGGUGAAGAAUGCCAAACCAGCAGCCAGGAUCGUCUGGUUCCGAGGGAACGUUGAACUCAAGGGAGAUAAAGUGUCGAAGGAAGAAAUACGAGAAGUCGAGAAUGAAAAUGGCAAUCCUAAAGCUAUGCGAUACACCACAGUGUCCAGGGUCAAUUUCAAAGCUUCAGCCGAAGAUGAUUAUGCCGACUUCACUUGCGAGGCGAGGCACGAGGCAUUACAACGGGACAUACCUAUGCGAAGUACUGUGCAACUCAGCGUACUAUAUCCACCCGGAGCCCCCUACAUCGAAGGUUACGCAGAAGGAGAGACCGUCCGUCGUGGUCAGAGCCUGGAGUUAGUAUGUAGAAGUCGAGGAGGCAACCCACCAGCACAGCUGAUAUGGUACAAGAACGGAGAGCAGAUAAGGAUGGCUUAUAGAACUAGUGGGCGAAUGUCAGAAAACGUGCUGUCAUUCAAAGCAGACGCGUCUGACAAUAAGGCGAGGUACACAUGUGAAGCUAAGAACGUUAUGAUCAGUAAUACGCUGAAAGCUGAGAUCGACCUUACUGUGUUGUUUGCUCCAGCCCACGUCACAAUAUCAGGACCUUCAGAAGCCAGGGUUGGGGAUCCAGUGCCCCUAACCUGCAGUACUGCUCCAUCGAACCCUGCAGCUGAUGUCAAGUGGGUGGUGCUUGGCAAGCAUCAUAAGGAAGCUAGUAAUAGGACUGUUAUUUCUCCUGAAGGUGGUUGGAUCACGACGUCCAACAUCACAGUGGUGGUGGAGCCCAAUAAGCGAUCCAUCGUCGUAGUUUGUCAAGGGAUCAACGGUCAGCUGACAGAGAACGUCGUCGCUUCUCAUACUAUCAACGUGUUAUACCCACCAACAGCUCCAAUGAUAACGGGCUACAUCCCUGGAACUACCCUCUCCGCUGGCACCGUUCAGAGGCUGUCCUGCAUAUCUUCCGGUGGAAACCCUUUGGCCACUCUCACCUGGUUCAAGAAUGAUAAGAAGAUACAUUCAGUAACAAAACAGACUGAACGCUCAGUUUCUGCCGAAAUCUCCAUCUUAACCAAUGUUACUGAUAACCAGGCUCAGUACAGAUGUGAAGCUACUAACAGCGCUACUGAGAUACCACUGUUUGAAACUGUCACUUUGAACGUUUACUUUGCCCCUGAAGCAGUGAAAGUCCGCGUUGAACCAGAAGAGCUUAAAGUGGGAAUCGAAGCCACACUAUACUGUGACGCUGCCAGCAGUAACCCUCCGGCCACACUAUCGUGGUGGAGAGAUGGAAUACCAGUGCAAGGACUACCAAUGCAGCAGAAGAAAGGCUUGCACGGAGGAACAGUCUCCACCAUCGAGCUGAAGCUGACCAUCACCAAGGAUUUGAACGGUGCCGUGUAUACCUGUCAAGCGAUGAAUGAAGCGCUCCAAAGAAGUGUACAUGACGCGUUACCGCUUAAAGUUCUAUACGCGCCAAUCUUCGACGAAACAACGCCAUACACGACCGUUGGAGUGGAGAACGAACCUCUCAUCAUAGUACUCCGAGCUGAUGGCAACCCUGGCAGCAUCACGUAUACCUGGACGAAGGACGGACUGCCUAUCACGCAGUCUUCUUAUAGUACUGGAAACGAUAGGAUAAUAUCAGAAGGCAGUAUGCUGAACAUGACGAAACUGACGCGUCACGAUGCGGGCAUCUACACGUGCGAGGCUGUCAACUCGCAGGGCAAUGCUGUCGCGAAUAUUAGCGUUUCUGUACAUUAUCCUGCGAGCAUUAAGUCGGUAUCUCAGCAUGAGGUGCUCAGUCCCAAUCAAGAUGCAUUGCUAUCUUGUACCGCUAAUGGUAACCCCCUAACAGCCGACAAUAUACGCUGGGAACGAAAAGGCUACAGCAUCAAUCCCAACCACGUGUCCUUCGAGCCUCGGAACUCCACCAGCACUCUGCUCAUCAAGUCAGCAACCCGAGCAGAUGUAGGCAACUUCCAGUGCGUGGUAGACAAUGGGAUUGGCAGUGAAGCUAGGCAGGAUGUCAUGCUGGUUGUAAGGUUUAAGCCUGAGCUGGAUAGCUCGCCGAGUUUGAUGAAAUCUGCUUCCAAUGUGGGGCAGGUUGGGAGAUUGACUUGCAAAUGCAAAGCAGCCCCCGCACCAAACUUCACUUGGUCGAAAAACGGCGCAAAACUCCCCGUAAACACAUCCACAAAGUACUAUGCAGAAUACCAUAAACUGGACUCGAUCACGUAUACCUCUGUACUCCUGAUCAGUGAUGUUAGCUCUUCAGACUAUGGGUCCUAUGAAUGCGGAGCUAGGAAUGACCUUGGGUUCUCUACUACGUCCGUCAAACUGGAUAUUACUAGCGCCCCAGAUCAAGUGAUAUCACUAUUGGUGACGAAUGUAACUCAUAAUACUGUGACGCUGCAAUGGGUACCAGGGUUCGAUGGGGGACUACAGUCCUGGUAUAGGAUACGAUACAGGAGAAUAUUCGAAGAAUCAUACAAGUACGAAGAUGUAGUACCAAGAAACGCAACCACAUUCACUAUCGGAGGGUUAGAUAGAAACACUGAUUACGUAUUCUCAGUUAUGGCAAUGAACAAAAUUGGUCAAAGCAAAUACAGACCUGAUGACACCAAAGUUACUACACUAACUUCUUCAGAAGUAGGCGAGCUGAAUGUUGUAUCAACGGAAUUCGUAGAAACUGCUGAUGUAUCCAAAUCUGUAGUUAUAUACGUAUCAAUCACUGGAGUUGUAUUAGUAUUGAUAAAUGCUGCUUUAGUUGCUUGUUUUGUAUUAAAAAGACGCUCCAGACGUCUAAAAGAACAAGCGGGUCAAGCGUCAAAAUCAGCUACGAUAGAAAUGUACGCCCCAUCGUCUUACAACGAUACUAUGACUGGAGAGACUCUAAGCUCUGUCUCUGAGAAGUCAGAGACGUAUUCUCAAGAUGAAGGUGCUGAUGAUAGACAGCCUCCACCGAUCCCUGAGGUGCCUUCUAUGCCGACUAGGCAUAUGUUGAGUCAGACAACAGACGCCUUCCUAAUGGAUGACCAAGGCCUGGUCAUCCCGCCGCCCCUGGACUAUCCUCCGCCGAACUACGCGGUGUAUGAUGGCGGAGACCACGCCAGGACUCUACCGCAUCCUCAUAGGCAUAAAGAUAUUAGUGGGCAUAGCACGUUGGGAAGGAGUGCUGGCAAACCGAACUACGUGCCCGCCCCAAGCCCGAUGCCGCCACUAGACGGUUCCUAUUACAACAUGGCGUCAGACCGCUACCUGUCAUACCCGCCGCUCAUCGGAGAAUAUUUGCAGCAGCAACAAGGCCGUACCCCGACUCCCCCGCAACAAUACGGGGGCCAGCCGCUCCCCAAGCCUCAUCUCAUGAAUGGGGGAUUGAGCACCGGGUCCCCAUCACACAUGGCUAGCCCGCCCCAUAGUUAUGCACUUGAUGACAGACAAUCGGCUGGGGGUACACUGAGGCGGCAGAGGAUGGACAAGAUGGCCGCCGUCCCACCACCAGAUGUCACUGUACUGCAUCAGGGUAAUUGUGCACAGCAUCUAGUCCAGACACCAGCCCCAAAACAGCCUCAGUCGAUCCUAAAGGACCCCUCGCGCCACAAAUAUGGCAACCAAUACGGUAGCCCCAUAUCAUCGAGCACGCCGCAGAACUCCAACCAGAUUCUGACAGUUCAGAACCUCACUUCUGACGUCCCCCAAUACGGGACCAUCAAAAAAGAAAACAAAAAACAAAACGUAACCAUCGAUGAAUCUUUCAACAAAAGAAGUGAAACGCACGUGGUCUAAAGUGUAAACUAAAAACUAAAAAGUGACAACUGAAACUAAAAAGUGACAAUCUAAAAUUAAAAGUGACAAACAAAAAGUGUAAAGGCUAUGAGUGUAAAACGUUUAUGUGAAGUGUAAAUAAAUGGACUAGAUAAAAUUGUAGAUAGAUUAAAAAUAAUUGAAUGUGAUACAUGAACGAACUCUCAAAACGAUUAGUGUCCAUCUAGAUAGAUAUGACAUUGCCUAAAUUAGAAUUUGGGCUAGUCGGGUUGUAUUAAAAAUGUUCGACUGACUUAUCAUAUUAUAUAGGUAAUACGUCCAAAUGACAUAGACGAACAAAAAAUAUGAUUUUUUCAAUGUCCAAUUGUAAAAUCAUUUUAGAUAAUACAUUUAGAUGGUAAAUGUACGAUUUUAUUCUUUUUAAUUUUUGUUUAAAGGCUGGAUCUUGUAUUGUUCGACAAUUUGAUGGACGCUAGAAUAAAGAAAUUUAAUUAGAUUUAAAAGUGUCAUUUAAAAAUUAAAAUGACAUUUGUGUGUGAUUUCAGUGUCAAAUUUAAUCGUGACUCUCUAGAACUUUAAAAAAAAUACAAAAAGGGUCCUAAAAUAUUGUUUUUCGAAAAAAAAUAAACCGUGCAAAUUGUCGAACAAAUGACUCAAAUGUGUGAAUCCAAAAUUUUUAUUGAUUCCAUAAAAGGAUCUCUCGUAAUUAAGUUUUUAAGAUAAUUAUGAUUGUUAUAAAAUACGAUUUUUGGAAAAAUCAAGAAAUUAUUAAAUCGGGAAAAAUUUUGAAUUUUAUCCUGUCAUCGUUUUUUAAUUAAAAUUGUUCUCUAGGAUGUUAAACACAUUUUUAUUGUUAGAAAUGGUUUUCGAAACUUAUGAAGUUGUUCCUGACGAUUUUUCUAAUUAAUUUCAUAUUUUUACUUACGUCAUUUAUUUCAGAAAAUCAGUUAAAUAAAAAAACUAUAAUAAAAGACCCCAUUACGUAAUGUGUCAAAUAUUGAACGACUGUCAUUUAUAAUCUGUAAAUUGUAUUUUUUUUACAAAAGUAACUGUAUACAUAUUUACAGUUUUUAUUAUUAUUUUGUAAAUUUUUACUCGUAAGUUACUUUUCUCUGCAUUUUUACGAUGUAAAUAAGAAAAAAAUAAUAAUACUCAAAGCGCGAACUGACAAUAAAAAUAAGUUCAAUUAAUUUUAAUUUAUGUCCAUCUUGAUUCUAUGUAAAUAGCAUAAUUAUGUACCUAAUUGUAUUUUUUACAUUAAUAGCAUUUCAGCCCCAAAAUUUAAUCGGUCAUAAUACACAUGCCAAAGUUUUAUUAAUUUUAAACUUUAAGUUAUUAAGAUACUUAAUUAUUUUCUAUUAUAUUUUCUUUACAUCGAACUUGUAACAAUUGCUAUGAUUUUCGCAAAAAUAUUGACUGAUUGUCAAUUUCUUUUAAUUAUUUCUCCAAAUUUGAGAGUCCAUCCAAUGACGAAAUACGAUUUUAUAUUUACAAAAGAAGUCUAUUGUUACAUUUCGAAUAAAAAUAAAAAACCUAAUAAUAA